AUGUCACAACUAGACCCCCUGCCCAGCGACCUACCGUUUCGCAUCGUCUCCAAGACGGUAGGCCGCGGUGCCUAUGCCUCCAUAAAAAAAGCCGUCCCCCUCGACGCCCCGACGCCCGUCUUCGCCGUCAAGCUCAUUCAUAAGGGCUACGCCGUCAAGCAUGGCCGCAUCUCGGCCAAGCAGCUCGCCAUGGAGGUGUCGCUGCACUCGCACAUCGGCCAGCACCCCAACGUCAUCGAGUGGUUCGCGUCCGGCGAGGACCCGACCUGGCGCUGGAUCGCCAUGGAGUAUGCCGAGGGCGGCGACCUCUUUGACAAGAUCGAGGCCGACGUCGGCGUCCGCCAGGACAUUGCCCAGGUCUACUUCCUCCAGCUCGUCGGCGGCGUCAGCUUCAUGCACUCCAAGGGCGUCGCCCACCGCGACCUCAAGCCCGAGAACGUGCUGCUCUCGCAGGACGGUAACCUCAAGCUCGCCGACUUUGGCAUGGCCACCAUGUUCGAGUACAAGGGCCAGCGCAAGCUCAGCGCGACGCUCUGCGGCAGCCCGCCGUACAUUGCGCCCGAGAUCCUCGCCUGCGGGAGGACGGACAAGAAGUCGCCCAGCACUGCGGCGGGCAAGUACUCGCCGGACCUGGUCGAUGUCUGGUCCUGCGGCGUGGUGCUCUUUGUGCUGCUCGUCGGCAACACGCCCUGGGACGAGCCGUCGUCCAACAGCUGGGAGUUUACGGAAUACGUCAAGUCGGGCGGACACAGCACGGAUGCGUUGUGGGAGCGCGUGCCUCCGGAAGCCUUGUCGUUACUACGGGGUAUGAUGUGUGUAGAUACAGAGAAGCGCUUCAGCUUCGCCCAGGUCCGCCAGCAUCCCUGGUACACGCGGCACAACCCGCUGCUCACGACCGACGGCCGCGUGGCCGACCCCAUCAACCUCGCGACGCAGAUGCUCGAGAACCUGCGCAUCGACUUUACAAAGCAGCCGCACCCUUCCCAAGGCCAGUCGUCCAUGUCGGACGACAUGGACAUUGACUCGGGCAUGAACGCGGGCCGCUUCGCCGCCACGCAGCCCGACGUGCCCAUUGCCGACACCGACUGGGACUUUGAGCGUCCCGCCCUCCGAUCCAUGGCCGCGCCGUCCGCCUCGCUGCCGCCGCGCGUUGCCGACGACGGCCGCCGCAUGAUGCUCGAGACGCUGGUCGACGAGCCGUCCAUGUCGCAAUUCUCCCAGGCGCCCGGCCCCUCCAUGACGCUGACGCAGCAGGCGCGGCAGUUCCGCGACAUCUGCCCGGCCGAGUCGCUGACGCGCUUCUUCUCCCACGUGCCGCCGGCGCACCUCGUCCAGAUGCUCAGCGACGCGCUGCACCAGCUCAACGUGCCGCUGGCGCCCGUGACGCCCAACCUCUACGCGUACGCGGUGGCGACCAUCAAGGUCCGCGCCGUCGACGGCCGCAACCAGAGCCUGCACGGCGAGAUUCAGGUCCACAGGCAGGCGCUGCCGGACGGGAGCGAGGUGCUCGACGUGCGCUUCACCAAGGUCAAGGGCGACCCGCUCGAGUGGCGCCGCUUCUUCAAGAAGAUUGUCGUGCUCUGCAAGGACGGCGUAUAUGUGCCGGAUGCUUAG